CGGUUUCUCUUUUCGUUUCUUCCCAUGGCUCAUCCGCUUAUGUUGGCCUGGACUCAUCGCAAUCUCGGAGAGGUUUAUUUGUUUUUUGAGUCAACUAAAUCGUGCCUCCAACAAAUGCCGAACUCUGUUUUGCUCCCUGCAUCACAGCAAUUGGCAAUGGAGAUGAUUUUGUUCCAAAUAGAUCUAGGGUUGGCUCACUGUUUCACGUGCAAUUGUGCUGAGAGAAGGGGUGGUUUGAAUCUGUUUUGGCAAGAUGAGUUUGCCAUUCAAAUUUCCUCUUUCUCGCCAUUAUUAGAUCUAGGGUGGGCUUUACUGUACUGUGAGCAAUUGUGCCGAGACAAGCCAUCUCACAUUAAGGUGGUAAUAGUAGACCCGGGUGGAUGUCAAUGGCCUUUCACAGGGUUUUUCGGCCAACCAAAGACGGAUUCCCCUCUGCUUUGGCUGCGUUUAGGUGCCAUCAAUGCUACCUUGAGCAAAUCGAAAAACGAGAAGGGCAUUCUCUUCUUCUGGUUGGGUUCUGCGUGGGGGGAUAUAAGCGAGUUUUGGUGUGGACGGUCAAAUUUCCAUGUUGUGAAGGAAGAUGAUGGUGUUUUGCAAGGGCAGCAUGGCCCUCAAGCUGGUAAAGGGGCUCUAGAUCCCUUAUUAACCUAUGAUAGCCAGGGAUUGUUGAGGAUUGGAACAGAUGGGCAUAUGUUUGGAUACACUUGCAGACAAACAGGCUUGCUAUCGAAUCCAUCUCCUCUACUACUGAAGCCAUCUACUCUGCUUUGGCUGGAUCCAUCUGCUCUGUUGUUGCUCCCGAAGACAUCUACUUUGUUGUUGCUACCGAAGCUUGUUGCCGAAUCCAUCUCUUCUGUUGCUGCUAAAGCCAUCUACUCUAUUGUUGGCGGAUCCAUCUGCUCUGUUGUUGUUGCCGAAGACAUCUGCUCUGCUGCUGCUGUUGCUGCUGCCGAAUCCAUCUUCUUUGCUGCUGCUGAAGCCAUCUGCUAUUGCUGUCGGAACCAUCUGAUAUUAAUUGGUGCGGGAUCCCCAUUCCCCGCGAGAAAUGGGGAUGAGGGGUAAAAUCUGCCCCCCGUCAAAAAUCCCCACGGGGAUCCCGUCCCCGUGAUUCAAGGGGACGGGGAUGGGGAGGGGCUUCCCAGCCCCGUUGACAUCCCUAUUUCAGAUAGUUUGCUGAGCUGGAUUGGAGGAGGUGGAUUUUUGUGAGAUUAGAAUAAAUAAUUAAUUAAAGU